GAGUAAGCGGAAACAAAAGGGGUUUUAUAAAAACACAAACACAUCCCCGGCUGUCGAAGUACUCAGGGAAUAAACUACAGCCAUUGGCUUCGCCAGUAAUAAUACUGAAAUUCAAGUAAAGAGAGCGAGUCGACGCGAGCUGAGGAGCAAACUGAAAACAUGGCACUGAAAAGAAUACAGAAGGAGCUGCAUGACCUACAGAAAGACCCCCCAGCACAGUGCUCUGCUGGCCCAGUAGGGGAUGACUUGUUUCACUGGCAGGCAACCAUAAUGGGUCCGGGUGACAGUCCUUACCAAGGAGGAGUUUUCUUUCUCACGAUCCACUUCCCCACCGACUACCCAUUCAAGCCACCAAAGGUAGCAUUUACAACUAAGAUUUAUCACCCAAAUAUAAACAGCAACGGGAGUAUCUGUUUGGACAUUCUACGGUCACAGUGGUCUCCAGCACUAACAGUGUCAAAAGUUUUAUUGUCCAUAUGUUCAUUGCUUUGUGAUCCAAACCCAGAUGACCCCUUAGUUCCAGACAUAGCACACAUGUACAAGAACGACAAAGACAAAUACAACAAACUAGCAAAAGAUUGGACCCAAAAGUAUGCCAUGUAAAGAAAAAAAGAUGAAGUAAAACAUGCUGAGAAUUUUUCUUUCUUCCCUCUUUUUUUAAAGUCACAACACACUGUAAAUUAUAGUAAGGAAUCAUUAAAUAAUCCUAGGUAACUUCCAUCAAACAGAACUUUAACAUUAACAUUAUUAUUAAUCUGAGACCACAACAUAUACAUUCUUGUUCUGAAAGGAAGCAGAGGGUUUACUUUUUACGUUGAGCAGAUGAAAACGAUUGUCUAUGUUCAUUUUAAUGGAUACUGUGACUUUUUACAUCUUGUAACAGAUGAAGGAAAGAAACGCACUGUUGCAGCUUCCCUGAAAAUGGGAGGAAUUACAAUGAAAGUCAUGUAUUACUGUCUUCUUUCUAUUAUUAUAUUAUUAUUAUUAAGAUUGUUAUUGUUAUUAUUUGUAUAGUAUUAAAAUCCUCCGGAAGACUUCUUUUAAAUUAGAGUAAUUACAAUGUACAUCUGUCAUUAAAGUGAUGUACUCUUCCCCCCUGAGACUAGCAGUGAUGUUGGAUUUACACAGGCAAAAAAAAUCAGAUUUUUUUUUUUACCCAAUGAAACAUGUACCUAAAGGUUAAAUGUAUUCUUCUGUUUGACCUCCAGUCUGUCUGUAUAUCGAUCUAUGCUAUAGAAAUGGUAAAAAAAAAAAAUAAAAAAAAAUCCCAUUUUCUGUUCCUGUGUUAACAGUCUCU